CAGGUUUAAUUUGUAAUGGCGGCUCUUACAAUUUGUGUAAACUUCGAAUCGUAUUGUGUAGUGAUUAUGCGAGUUAUUGAAGUCACAUUUGAUAAUAUAAUUUGUUUAUCAAUAAUACGUGUAAGAUAAAGUUAUUCUGUGUGUUACAUUGGGACAAUCUGCUAUAUUUUAAGUGUUUUGUGUCAGAACUGAGAACGGUAUUUAUAACCUCAAUACUGCACCAUACUUCGUUUUAAUUGCCCAGUCUUGGAACAAGAUUUUUUUAUAAUAACCACGAAGUUUCAUAAUGAGUUUGUUGAAAAUAAAGCAAGUAAUUUGUAUUUGGUUAAGAAAGCAACAUACAGCAUCAACAUGCAAGACUGCAUUCAAGAAACAUAAAUGGGUCCUUCCUAGAGGUCAUGAGACAAAAAUAUCAGUUUUCAACUGUAUAACUAAUUCAAAAGUGCCAUUAGUAUUGAAAAAUCCGAACUUCUUGUCAUGGUAUAUGUGUGGUCCUACUGUUUACGAUUCAGCACACCUUGGUCAUGCUUGCUGCUAUGUGAAGUUUGACACAAUACGCAGGAUUCUCUUGAAUUAUUUUAAUAUCAAUGUUGUCAUGAUGAUGGGCGUCACAGAUAUUGAUGACAAAAUUAUCAAACGUGCAGAUGAACGUAAAGAAGAUCCAAGAAGAUUAGCUGACCACUAUGAAAUGGAAUUUUUUGGGGACAUGGCUAGUUUAAAUAUCAUGCCACCAACAGUUGUCACCAAAGUAACAAAUUUCAUUCCACAAAUCAUCAACUUUGUACAGAAAAUAAUUGAUAAAGGACAGGCGUACACUACAGAAGAUGGUUCUGUUUAUUUCGACACAAAGCAUUAUUCUCAGUAUGGCAAACUUUUUCCUAACAUUCCAAAUGAAAAUUCAUCUGCAACAGAUAAGAGAUCUGCAAUCGACUUUGCCCUUUGGAAAGGAUCCAAACCUGGGGAACCAUGGUGGCCGAAUCCUUGGGGACCUGGAAAGGGGCGACCAGGAUGGCAUAUAGAAUGCUCUGCUAUGGCAAGUGCCAUUCUUGGAUCAAAUAUUGACAUUCAUUCUGGUGGUGUGGAUUUGUUGUUUCCUCAUCAUGAGAAUGAAGAAGCUCAGAGUUGUGUUUAUCAUGGAGUGGAUCAAUGGGUGAACUACUGGCUGCAUUCUGGUCAUCUACAUGUAAAAGGAGAAGAAAAAAUGUCUAAAUCCUUAAAGAAUACUGUUGGUAUUCAUGAUUUCCUUGAAUCAUUCUCUGCAAAUCAGUUUAGAAUUUUCUGUCUCAUGUCACCUUAUCGCAGCAGUAUUGAGUACACUGAUACAGCCAUGAAGAAUGCUGUAGCAAUAACAAAGAAGAUUGAAUCAUUCCUUAUAGAUUCUGAUGCAUAUAUUCAUGGUUAUACAGCUCUUGGUGAUGUUAAUGAACCAUAUUUGUUGAAGACUGUUUCUGAGGUCAAAACAAGAAUUUUAGGAGCUCUGGCAGAUGAUUUUGACACUGCUACAGCCAUGAGUGCCAUUAUAGAACUUGUGGGAGUUACAAAUAAAAUGUUACAUGAGAAACCUCAACAUGAUAUGAAGUGUGCUCGAAAUCCAGUAGCAAUAGCAGCUGUGAUGUCCUUUGUUCAGCAAUCUCUGGAGAAAUUUGGGUCUAAUUUUUCAAAAAAAAGAGAAUCCGGUAUGCAGACUAAAGAUUGUGAUGUGAAUCUAGGAAGGAUUCUUGACAGUGUGGUACACUUUCGAAACCAAGUAAGACAAAAUGCUCUGAACCCUCCUGGAGAAGAUAUAAAUGCAACGACUGAUAAUGUGAAGAAUGGGGCAGUGAAGAAUACAGUCUUACUGAAUGCAUGUGACAGCUUACGUGAUGACCUUCUGUCAUCAGGAAUUCAUGUAAAGGAUCAUGGAAAAAUGUCCACAUGGAAUUACAUUGGUAAAAGUUUUAAAGAAGUAAGGUAGCAUAUCACAGUAAAUGAGUCCUGAGGUGUAUUAUAGUGUUAUUUUAAUUAAAGUUAGUGAUCUUUAUAAAUUAUGUCACUAACCAAAGAAUACGUCUUCUACACCAUAUUAUUUAGUCAAUGAGUUUGAAUGAUCUAGAUGUGUGGUAACACUGUUAAGUUCAGCCUUUGUAAUUGUUAGUUGAACAAUAUGCAAUGCUACACAGAAUGUGCUCUGGGCAAAAUGAUGGCUAAAGAAGAUAAAGGAAUAACAUAUUCAUGUUGUGAAAAACAGAUUGUAGAUAAAGAUAGUUUUAAUUUGUAUGGCAAAGUAUUAUUUUUGUUAAAGAAUGUACUAUGGCACUCAUUUGACAGGAAUGGUGCUCAAUCGCAAAAUAUGAUACCAUUAAAAGAGUCAAGGACUAUGAGCAUGAAUCAAUUGAAGUAACAUAAUUAAAAAAUCGGCGUUAAUUUGUGUUCAUCAUAUUUAGGAUAUGGAAUGAACAGUUGCACAUUCUUUCCAGAUAUAAAAUUAUGGGUACGUGUUUUUCAGACUUUCAUGCAUCAAGGAUUUACAAAUAUAAAGUUCAGAUAUGUUCACAA